UGUGACCUACGUAGCACCGGCGAUGGCGGUUGUGCUGGCUCCGGCCUGACUUCAGAUGCCAGCACGUUAGGCGUCGUCAAAAGAGAAGAUGCCGUUGCAAUGCUUGGUUCAUCAGUUUUACUGGAUUCGGAAGUCGAAGUUAACCCACGGAAGCAAGAGAUCGUUUGGACGUUCAUCAGCAGCCACAACAGCCCUGUCACCAUUUUACAUCACAUCCCGAAUUACAAGAACCGGGUAGAGCCCAGUGAACAGUUCAAGUUGCGGCUGGGUUUUAUUCUUUCCAAUGGCUCUUUGAUGAUAAAUGGAUUAAAAGUCGGGGACCAAGGAGAUUACGGUUUGGAUGUAGAUGGCCGUGAACUGAAAAUAAUACAGUUGUCCCUCUUCGAUAACCUGUUGGAAGCUACGAUAUUGACCAACUCCUCCUUCCUUGCUUCUACUAUCUGGCUCAUCUGCAACAUCAGUGGAGAUCCUCAGAAGUAUCAAUGGUGGAAAAAUGGAGUGGAAAUCUCCCAGUUUCACCAGCUUAUCGAUGGCAAUCGGACUCUAAUGAUCAUGAAUGCCUCAAGACAUGUCUGUGGAAUUUAUACCUGUGUGGCAACCAAUCCAGUCAGCUUCAUCCAGGCUAACCACACCCUAUUCAUUUCUGGUUUUCAUCAAGAGGACGUUGCAAUAAUUGUUCUGUCGGUGAUCUCUUCGGUGCUUUCUAUUUUGCAGUGCUCGCAGUGCUUGCUGCUGAAGACAGACAAAGCUGUGAGGUGGGCCAAAUGCUUGAGGCAUUUCCUGGAUAUCUGUACCUUCAUGACCUACGUCACGACCCUCAUGACCUGUGUCACGGCCCUCAUCAAACUUAUCCCCACGAAAGGUUCGGACCCUGUCGUAGUAGCGGUUUAUUGCACAGUGUCCCAUCAGCUUCUGACUUCGGGUCUGCUGCUCGCUGUCCAGUGGCUAGACUGUCUCAAAAAGAGGGCAGCUAUUUUGGAAAGGACCGUAGCUGGACUUCAUGUCAUCGUGAUCAUCACUUCAGUCGUUUUUUUGGCAUUAUUAAGUCAUCCAGACUAUCAAGGCUGUGAAAGCAGCUUUAUUGUCUGGAGGGUAUUCUUUGGAGCAGUGAUCGUGGGUGUUGUGGUCUUUCUCUUCAACUUCGUUGUCGAACACCUAUCCUGCAGAAAGGAAAAUUCUGAAAUGGACCCACCAGAUCCCACAGCUUCUGAUGAACGUCUGAUGUCUGAUUUAAAAAGCGUACAUCAGUCUUCAUUUUCAGACGACAUUCCCAGUUCAAAGCCUCAACGGUCUGAACUCAGUCUUGAUGACACCUUGGUUUCCCAGCCAAAUGCUGAGUCACAGGAAUCUUGCGUACCGGAGAAUGAAGAGAAGAGCUGUGCAGUUGAAAACAAAAGCCUGGAUAGGAACAGCAUGGAGUCAUAGAAAACUACAACACAUCUCGUCCAUGCCGAACCAUUUCAAUUGCCUAGUCCGUCGACCUGCACCCCAAACAUCCAGAGGUUCAUAGUAUCAUGAACCCCGUGAUGGGAAUAAAGAACCAGCAGAGAUGGAAAA